AGCCACCGUCUUGUGAAAUCAUAUGGUCAGCUAAGGUGGGCCCUCGAACAGCAAGAUGGCCGAUCAGAAGGAACGCGAUCUGGAAGAGGCGGUUGCGAUGGAAGCAGUAGCGGCUCCACGUGUCGGGUGCUGCCGGCGGACGAUGAAGUACAUCGGUGCGUACUGGCGCUCGAUGGUAGUCAUCGUUGCGCCGAUGAUUGCGUCGCUCGUGUUCCUGAUCGACACCACGCCCGCCUACCGGUGUAUGUUUGUCGUGCUGACGAUGUCACUGUACUGGGUGACGGAAGCGUUACCGCUGCCCGUUACGUCGAUGUUACCGAUCGUCCUGUUCCCGGUGCUCGGUGUACUGGAAACCGAUCGUACCUGCAUGAUGUACAUGAAGGAAACGAUGCUGAUGUUUAUCGGUGGUAUCAUCAUUGCGCUUGCGGUUGAGUACUGCAAUCUGCACAAGCGUGUCGCGUUGAAGGUGAUCUCGGUGAUCGGUUGUAGCCAGCGGCGCCUCAACUUUGGCCUAACGGUGGUAACGAUGUUCGUUUCGAUGUGGAUUUCGAACACGGCUGCUGUCGCGAUGAUGUGUCCAAUUAUGCAGGCUGUGCUGGAGGAGCUAGAAUCGCAAGGACUGUGCCAGAUGUACGAACGCAGGAAGAAGACGGGCGAAGAGGAGGGCAUGCUCGGCAAGGACAAGGUGGACGAUGACACCCCGCGGCCAACAAAGACGACCCUCUGCUACUUCCUCGGUGCUGCCUACGCGUCCACGCUUGGCGGCUGCGGUACGAUCGUCGGGUCCGGCGUGAACCUUACCUUCAAGGGCAUUUACGAAAGUCGCUUCCCGACCGCACCCGGUAUCGAUUUCCCGAAGUUUAUGUUCUACAACGUUCCGGGCAUGUUGCUGUACACGUUCCUCACCUGGGUUUACCUGCAGUGGCUGUACAUGGGAAUGUUCAGACCCAACAGUCCCGAAGCGAAGGCAGCUGACAUUGGUGCGGAGGGUGAGGCGGUGGCGAAGCGUGUCAUCGAGACACGGUACAAGGAGCUCGGACCGAUGACGUCACACGAGAAGAGUGUCGCUUUUCUGUUUAUCGUCGCCGUGGUGCUGUUCUUUACCCGCGAACCAGGAUUCAUUACCGGUUGGGCCGACGUGCUGAACACGGUCAAGAUCAAGGAUGCGACGCCGGCGAUGUUCAUCGUGAUAGUGCUGUUCAUGAUACCUGCCAACUGGCGCUGUCUGAAGUUCUGCCGCAGCAAUCCAGGACGUCUCCCAACGGAAGCCACGCCCGGACUGAUUACCUGGAAGUUCAUCAACCAGAAAGUACCGUGGAGUCUUAUCUUCCUGCUCGGCGGAGGCUUUGCCCUGGCUGAAGGUGGCCGCGUAUCUGGCAUGUCCGCCCUGCUGGGUCAAUCACUCGCUGGACUGAAGACGCUUCCUCCUCUACUACUCCUGUUCGUGGUGUGUCUGACAGCGCAGACACUGACGGAAUUCACCUCGAAUGUGGCCAUCUGUAAUGUCAUUCUGCCCGUGCUCGCCGAAAUGGCAAUUGCGAUCGAAAUUCACCCCCUGUAUCUGAUGUUCCCGGCGGCCAUGUCGUGCAGCUUUGCCUUCCACAUGCCAGUAGGAACGCCUCCGAACGCGAUCGUCGCCGGUGUCGGCAACAUUGCGAUCAAGGAUAUGGCGGUGGCCGGCAUCGGACCGUCGAUAUUCACGCUGCUCGUCAUCUGGGCCAGCUUCCCGACGUGGGGUGCCGUCGUUUACCCCGAGCUGGCGACCUUCCCCGACUGGGCACGGCCCGUCAUCACGAACGCGACGCUAAACUAAAGGGGAACACAGUGACAUAGUCUAAAUUUGAGUUGAAGAUGCGUCCUUCUUAUUUCAUUUUCACAUACCGGCAGAUUGUGUAAUGUACUUCGGAUUCUUAGUGCGGCUUGGUACACGUGCGUUAUACAUACAUACAUAUAUUUUUUUACACAUCUUACUUUAGAACACGGUGUACCAAAACAUGUGCCAAAAGUUUGCCAAAACCUGAACUGGAAGCAGGAGAUGAGUUCAAACUGGAAGAAAGGGCACGCAAAAAGCAAAAACAAGCAAGAAAAACGAGAGGAGAUGCAUUUAUUGGAAUAACUGCCACUGGUAUGAAGGCGCCAGCAGAGCUCCGUGAUGCAUUUUCAAACCCCGAAGUGUUUAGUUCAACGAGACAGAGAAUUUGUGCAAAUCAAUUGCAUGGGAUCCUAUGGGUUUGGUGUACUUACCAGUCCCCCUGUAAUAAAAUCCUGAAGUAGCGCUGGCCUGAUGGACCGGAUGGUUAAACAUUUUGUGAGCGAAGUCUUCCAGUGUAUGUGUAUAGUGAGUGAAAAGUAGGAUGAAUUCCGGCCAGAGGGCAGCAGCAGCAGUAGCAGCAGCAAACGAGAGAACAAUGAGCUACUUAGUGUGAUGGUGACUGAGAAGGGAACAGAUUUUUAUUGUUUUUUUCACAAACCCUCAACAACUAAACCAUCAGACCAGGAAGACAUUAGUUGAAAUGAGCAGAGAGAGAGGGACAAAGAGAGAAAGAGGGAAAGAAUUAUUUUUUCUUAUGUUUUUCGCCAAUAGGAACAAAGUAAAAGGAAAAAAAACGAAAACAAACUAUGCAAACUAUAAAACAGAAGCGGUAAAAUGUAGAGAUAAUAAAUAAAUAUACGAUUAUUGUUAAUUUA